AUGGCCGCAGACUGUGGGACCCAACAACAAUGGUUUGUCUCUCACUCAACCAUCCUUGUGAGGCAAAAGGGUUCCACUGAACUCCAAUUCUCGCCUGUCACUAUGCUCUUCUUCUUUAAAAGGGUUGAAGGGAAGACUUUGAGUCUUGAAUAG